ACAGAUUAAAGAAUUGCAGUCGCUUUGAUUGGCUACCUGACAGCGAACCCAAAAGCCUCGUUAGUCAGGGUGUGUGUGUGCGUGCCAUGAAAGGCAUUAAUUUGCCGAACAAAUUGACCAUAAUACGAACCCACUAAUCUCAGUCACUUGGAGGGGAAAGAGGAAACGCGUGCGUUAACACGUGAACGUCGUGUGGACGUCGCGAUCAGGCAAAGUAGCAAAGAGGCAGAAACGGUUGUGUAAGUGUGCAAAACAGUCGUUAAGUCGCGAUCGGCGUUCACAGGUAGAGAUCGAGCCCAAGUAUAAUCGGACGCGACGAUUGUGUUUUCGCGUCAAAUUCGCGGUACGUUCGAGGAAAUACGAUUCGUUGUUUGUUUUAAUUACGAGUGAGAGAAGGCACUGAUGUGUCUUUGACGUGUGUCUUCUUGAGUGUGUUUUUAAUCAAUCACCUGAGAAACUAAUGAAGAAAAAGUGCUCGGUAUAUCCGCGAAACUGAUCGAACGUCUGUUUUUACGUCUUUAGUUUUGUUUUUGUUUAAUUUAUUUCUGAGAUGUUCGGUGCCGCGCGGAUAUUCGGCGAAAAUUGGCGCGGUGUAUUCGCGAGGAAUGUGCAAAGUUUGUUCGACGUAAUUUCUCGCGAUCAAUUAGCAAUAGACGCGCAUCGCGCUUACGUGAGCGAUCGUUAUCGAACGCGUGGUCAGUUGCAACACCAGGAUUUGCGUCGGAUUUGCAGAUUUCUUUAAAACCGAGGCGAAACACGCUUGUUCAAGUUUUUGAAGAAUUACACGGCACGAACGAUGGUUGAGAUCGAUUUAAAAAGAGCGAUCAAAAAUCGAGUUCCCAUUUUGAAGUGGUUGCCGCGAUACAAACCGGAAGACGCGCUGGGCGACCUUGUUGCAGGCCUCACCGUGGGAAUGACCCUGAUACCUCAAGCAAUAGCUUACGCAGGCUUGGCGGGCCUGAGUCCGCAGUACGGACUUUACAGUUCGUUUGCGGGAAGUUUCGUUUACGCCAUUUUCGGAACCUGUCGAGAAGUCAACAUCGGCCCGACCGCGCUCAUAUCUCUGCUAACGUGGACGUACGCGAGAGGCAUUCCCGAGUACGCGGCCUUGCUUUGCUUUCUGUCGGGAUGCAUCACGAUACUCCUCGGCAUCUUGCGUUUGGGAUUUCUAGUCGAGUUCGUGUCGCAGCCGGUGGUGUCCGGGUUCACGUCGGCCGCGAGUGUCAUCAUCGCCUGUAGCCAGAUCAAGAAUCUGCUGGGUUUGAACAUUCACGGCGAGAGCUUCGUCGAAAUCUGGCGCGAACUGGCGACUCACGUGGCCGACACCAAGAUACCGGAUUUGAUUCUGUCCGGCUGUUGCAUUCCGAUUCUGCUGUUUCUGAAGCACUUGAAGGACCGAAAAAGCGCGGGGAAAAAUCAAGUCGGCGCUAAAAAGUUAUCGCUGAGUAGACUUUUCUGGGUGAUCGGUACAGCCAGGAACGCUCUCGUGGUCGUUCUUUGCGCGGUCGCAUCUUACAUCUUCGAGACGCACGGCGGAGCGCCGUUCGUUCUCACGGGUCACAUCGAUGCCGGUUUGCCGAGCGUCGAGCCGCCCCCGAUCUCGAGAGCAGUUGGCAAUCAAACCGAAAAUUUCAUCGACAUGAUGGAGAACUUCAAGUUCGGCGUCCUGAUCAUACCGCUCAUCUCCAUUAUCGGGAACGUCGCCAUCGCGAAGGCCUUUUCACAAGGAUUGGCUCUAGACGCCACACAGGAAAUGCUAACUCUCGGACUGUGCAAUGUAAUCGGCUCGUUCUUCCACUCGAUGCCUGUCACAGGAUCAUUCUCGAGAAGCGCGGUAAACAACGCUUCGGGUGUUAGAACUCCUUUGGGCGGCAUAUACACGGGUACUCUUGUCAUUCUUGCGCUAAGCUUGUUGACUCCGUACUUUUAUUACAUCCCGAAAGCGACGUUAAGCUCCGUCAUAAUCAGCGCGGUGAUAUUUAUGGUGGAAAUUGAUAAAGUACUUCCGAUUUGGAGAUGUAAUAAACGUGAUCUAAUACCGGCGUUUGUCACGUUUCUCGCUUGCCUGUUGGCCGGAGUCGAACUAGGAAUACUGAUAGGCACGGUAAUCGAUCUCGUCAUUUUGAUAUAUCUCAACGCACGACCGAAAAUACACGUCGAACACAGAAAUAGUCCGAUGAACUACGUGUUGGUUCGUCCAACCGCCGGACUUGCAUUCCCGGCAGUGGAUUAUCUGAGAACUUAUAUCACAAAAACGUUAUCGGACCAUCAAAGCUCCUUAGAAACACCUCUGACGUACGUUGUGCUCGAUUGCGGGCACAUUUCCGAAAUAGACUUCACCGGUGCUCAGGGCAUUAAUAUGGUGAUAAGAGACUUUGAAAGAAACAGCAACCGAUUGAUAAUGUUGCGACCGAAUCCCGACGUCCUAAAGAGCGUACAAUCGUUUUCGGACGAGACGAUCUUGUCGGCAAGCGACGACGUCGAUCUGAUCACAGUUUUGUCCGAGUUGACAAAAGACACGGCACGAGAUGCAAACGGCGAGAUUAAAACGUCGAAUAUCAUAACCACAAGACUGUGAUAAUCAGAAACGCGCUUAUGUAACUACAAGUAUGUGUAUAAAAAAAAAAAAAAAAAAAGCAUUGGCUGUAUUUUACGUACGUAGACAAAUAGAAGAAUGUUAAGAAAUGCAACAACAUGCUGUAAAUAUACUCAAAACACGUAAUAUAUAUUUAUUUUAUAAAAAUAUCAGUCCAAAAAAUAAACUAUAUUAUCUCUUAUAACAAUACAGUUUUUCAAGAAAGGGGGGAAUCGCGAGAAACGUAAUUAAGAUAUAUAACACAGAAUACUAGAUAAUAUAGGAAAAAAACUAAAAUACAAAUUAUAAGAAGAAAUUGUGACGUUCUCUUGACAGCGUGAAAAAAGAAAAACCAUACAUCCUAAAAAUUAUACAAGAAUUGACAAAUCAAAGUAUUUUCGCUCGCUAAAUAAUUUGUUGUUGAACUACAUUUUUUUUUGUCGCAGAAACGCGUCUGUGAUAACUCUUUCUCCAUCAAAUAUAAUUAUAUUGUUAUAUAAUUACAACAUCAUUUCCGCGUGCGUGUAUGUACAUCUCAGUAAACUGAAAAAACUCUCGUCUUUUUUUUCGUAGAUAAUUGCAAUCUCAAAUAAAACACUCGGUGAUACGCUAAAUACAAUAUUUCUUUUUUUUUGCAAACAAUUUAAACAACUUAAAACACAUUUUUUGUUUUUUUUUUUUAAAUUUUCUGAAUUUUCUUUUACUCUUAUUCCUUUCUCACAAUGAAUGUUAACACGGUUUUAGUAUUCUAAAUACAACAUUAUUCGCCUCUUCUCGCGUGUGUAAAAAACAAAAACUCAGUUUAAGAUUUUUAUUAUCGUGUACGGUUGUCCCUUGUAUAUUUGUGUGUGUGUGUGUGUGAGAGAGAGAGAGCGAUACGAGAUUGUCCGAGUUAUUUCACACGUGUAAACAUUUUCACAAAACAACAACUCGGAACGUCUCGUGUCCCAAAAAAGAUGAUCUUACAGAUAGACAAUAAAAACUUGAAAAUGUAAUUGUAGAGAGGUAGAUUAUAUUAAAAUAUAAAAUUUGGUCAGACCACAUAUAU